UCGGCAUUUUGUUCUGAGAGGGAGAGACGGAACGAGAGAGAGAGACACACAGGGCUCCUUCCCCCCGCCCUCCCCCCCCUCCCUCCGUCGGUACCGACUCACCCGACACCACCAAGCCGCUGGGAGGGACGCCCCCGCCGGCAGGAGGAUUGGUUCCCGGGCCCGCGGCGAUGUCCCCCCGGUAGCUCGGGCCCCCGCUCGGGUGUUUGUGAGUGUUUCUAUGUGGGAGAAGGAGGAGGAGGAGGAAGAAGCAGCAGCGAUUUGUCUUCUCGGCUGGUCUCCCCCCGGCUCUACAUGUUCCCCGCACUGAGACGGAAGAGGAGCCGUAGCCACCCCCCCUCCCGGCCCGGAUUAUAGUCUUUCGCCACCGCGGCCUCGGCCUGCUCCCGGAUUCGGACGCCGAUUCGCCCAGUGUUUGGGAAAUGGGAAGUAAUGACUGCUGGCACCUGAACUAAGUACUUUUAUAGGCAACACCAUUCCAGAACUUCAGAAUGAAUGGGGAUAUGCCCCAUGUCCCCAUAACUACUCUUGCGGGGAUUGCUAGUCUCACAGACCUCCUGAACCAGCUGCCUCUUCCAUCUCCUUUACCUGCUACAACUACAAAAAGCCUUCUCUUUAAUGCACGAAUAGCAGAAGAGGUGAAUUGCCUUUUGGCCUGUAGGGAUGACAAUUUGGUUUCACAGCUUGUCCAUAGCCUCCUCCAGGUAUCAACAGAUCACAUAGAAUUGAAAGAUAACCUUGGCAGUGAUGAUCCAGAAGGCGAUAUACCAGUCUUGUUGCAGGCGGUUCUGGCAAGGAGUCCUAAUGUUUUCAGGGAGAAAAGCAUGCAGAACAGAUAUGUACAAAGUGGAAUGAUGAUGUCUCAGUAUAAACUUUCUCAGAAUUCCAUGCACAGUAGUCCUGCAUCUUCCAAUUAUCAGCAAACCACUAUCUCACAUAGUCCCUCCAGCCGGUUCGUGCCACCACAGACAAGCUCUGGGAACAGAUUUAUGCCACAACAAAAUAGCCCAGUGCCUAGUCCAUAUGCCCCACAAAGCCCUGCAGGAUACAUGCCAUAUUCCCACCCUUCAAGUUACACAACUCAUCCACAGAUACAGCAAGCAUCGGUAUCAAGUCCCAUUGUUGCAGGUGGUUUGAGAAACAUACAUGAUAAUAAAGUUUCUGGCCCAUUAUCUGGCAAUUCAGCUAAUCAUCACACAGAUAAUCCCAGACACGGCUCAAGUGACGACUACCUACACAUGGUGCACAGGCUAAGUAGUGACGAUGGAGAUUCUUCAACAAUGAGGAAUGCUGCAUCUUUUUCCCUGAGGUCCCCACAGCCAGUUUGCUCUCCUGCUGGAAGUGAUGGAACUCCUAAAGGAUCAAGACCACCUUUAAUUUUACAAUCUCAGCCUCUGCCUUGUUCAUCACCUCGAGAUGUUCCACCAGACAUCUUGCUAGAUUCUCCAGAAAGAAAACAAAAGAAGCAGAAGAAAAUGAAAUUAGGCAAGGAUGAAAAAGACCAGAGUGAGAAAGCUGCAAUGUAUGAUAUAAUUAGUUCUCCAUCCAAGGACUCUACUAAACUUACGUUAAGACUUUCUCGUGUAAGGUCUUCAGAUAUGGACCAGCAAGAGGAUAUGCUUUCUGGUAUGGAAAAUAGCAAUGUUUCAGAAAAUGAUAUUCCUUUUAAUGUGCAGUAUCCAGGACAGACUUCAAAAACACCCAUUACUCCACAGGAUGUAAACCGCCCACUAAAUGCUGCUCAGUGUUUGUCGCAGCAAGAACAAACAGCAUUCCUUCCAGCAAAUCAAGUGCCUGUUUUACAACAGAACACUUUAGUUGCUACAAAACAACCCCAGACUUCUGUGGUACAGAAUCAACAACAAGUAUCACAACAGGGACCUAUAUAUGAUGAAGUAGAAUUGGAUGCAUUGGCUGAAAUAGAGCGGAUAGAGAGAGAGUCAGCUAUUGAAAGGGAGCGCUUUUCUAAAGAAGUUCAAGAUAAAGAUAAGCCUUUGAAAAAAAGAAAACAAGAUUCUUACCCACAGGAGGCUGGGGGUGCUACAGGAGGUAAUAGACCAGCUUCUCAGGAGACGGGUUCUACGGGAAAUGGGUCAAGGCCAGCAUUAAUGGUUAGCAUUGAUCUUCAUCAGGCAGGAAGAGUGGACUCUCAGGCUUCUAUAACUCAGGAUUCAGACUCACUAAAAAAGCCUGAAGAAAUCAAACAAUGUAAUGAUGCACCUAUUUCUAUUCUUCAGGAAGAUAUUAUUGGAAGUCUUAAAUCCACACCAGAAAACCAUCCUGAGACACCUAAAAAAAAGGCUGAUCCUGAGCUUUCAAAGAGUGAAGUGAAGCAAAAUGAAAGUAGGUUGUCAGAAUCUAAACAUAAUGAAAACCGAUUGGUGGAGAUGAAAUCAAGUGAAAGUAAGUUAGAAACUAAAACUGAGACCCAAACAGAAGAACUUAAACAGACUGAAAAUAGAACUACCGAAUCCAAACAAAAUGAGAGCACUAUAGUAGAGUCCAAACAGAAUGAAAAUAGACUAUCUGACUCAAAACCAAACGACAGCAAACAAAAUAGUGGCAGGUCAGAAACAACAAAAUCAAGACCUGAAACCCCAAAGCAAAAGGGUGAAAGCCGACCUGAAACUCCAAAACAAAAGAGUGAUGGACGUCCUGAAACCCCUAAACAGAAGGGUGAUGGACGACCAGAAACUCCAAAGCAAAAAAAUGAGGGCCGGCCUGAAACUCCAAAGCAAAAAAAUGAAGGCCGGCCUGAAACACCAAAACACAGGCAUGAAAAUAGGAGGGACUCUGGAAAGCCAUCAACAGAGAAAAAACCUGAAGUGUCUAAACAUAAACAAGACAUGAAAUCUGAUUCACCUCGGUUAAAAUCAGAAAGAGCUGAAUCUUUAAAGCAGAGACCUGAUGGGCGAUCUGUUUCUGAGUCCCUAAGACGUGACCAUGAUAGUAAACAAAAAUCAGAUGACAGGGGUGAGUCAGAACGACAUCGGGGGGAUCAGUCCAGGGUUCGAAGACCAGAAACAUUGAGAUCCUCAAGUAGAAAUGAACAUGGCAUUAAAUCUGAAGGUUCAAAAACUGAUAAACUAGAAAGAAAACCCAGGCAUGAAUCAGGGGAUUCAAGGGAAAGACCAUCUGGGGAACAGAAAUCAAGACCUGACAGUCCUCGUGUUAAACAAGGAGAUGCUAAUAAAUCAAGACUUGAUAAAUCUGGUUUUAAAUCACCAAAUAGUAAAGAUGACAGAAGGACAGAGGGUAACAGGAAUAAAGUAGACAGUAAUAAGAUGCACCCUGACAAUAAGGCAGAAUUUCCAAGUUACUUGUUGGGGGGCAGAUCUGGUGCAUUGAAAAAUUUUGUCAUUCCAAAAAUCAAGAGGGAUAAAGAUGGCAAUAUUACUCAGGAGACAAAGAAAAUGGACAUGAAAGGAGAGCAGAAAGACAAAGUAGAAAAACUGGGAUUAGUUGAAGAUCUAAAUAAAGGAGCUAAGCCUGUAGUUGUUCUGCAAAAACUGUCUUUGGAUGAUGUUCAGAAACUAAUUAAAGAUAGAGAGGAUAAAUCAAGAAGUUCUCUCAAAUCUAUCAAGAAUAAGCCAUCAAAGUCAAAUAAAGGUAGUAUAGAUCAAUCAGUGUUAAAAGAAUUACCCCCUGAACUCCUGGCAGAAAUUGAAUCUACCAUGCCACUUUGUGAACGUGUGAAAAUGAACAAACGCAAGCGUAGCACAGUUAAUGAAAAGCCAAAAUAUGCUGAAAUCAGUUCAGAUGAAGAUAAUGAUAGUGAUGAAGCUUUUGAGUCCUCUAGGAAACGACAUAAAAAAGAUGAUGAUAAAGCUUGGGAAUAUGAAGAGCGAGACAGAAGAAGCUCUGGGGAUCAUAGGAGGAGUGGCCACUCUCAUGAAGGAAGAAGGAGCUCAGGUGGUGGUCGUUAUCGAAACCGAAGUCCAUCAGAUUCUGACAUGGAAGAUUAUUCUCCUCCUCCCAGCCUUAGUGAGGUUGCUAGAAAAAUGAAGAAAAAAGAAAAGCAGAAGAAAAGGAAAGCCUAUGAGCCAAAACUGACACCUGAAGAAAUGAUGGACUCAUCAACUUUUAAGAGAUUCACAGCCUCAAUAGAGAAUAUUUUGGAUAAUUUGGAAGAUAUGGAUUUUACUGCAUUUGGGGACGAUGAUGAAAUUCCUCAGGAACUACUCUUAGGGAAACAUCAGCUCAAUGAACUUGGCAGUGAAUCUGCUAAAAUUAAAGCAAUGGGCAUAAUGGACAAGCUUUCAACUGACAAAACUGUGAAAGUCCUAAAUAUCUUGGAGAAGAAUAUUCAGGAUGGGUCAAAGCUUUCUACUUUGUUAAAUCAUAAUAAUGAUACCGAAGAAGAAGAAAGAUUAUGGAGAGACCUUAUUAUGGAGAGAGUGACGAAGUCAGCAGAUGCCUGUCUUACAACCAUCAACAUCAUGACAUCCCCUAACAUGCCAAAAGCUGUGUACAUUGAAGAUGUCAUCGAGAGAGUUAUACAGUACACUAAGUUUCAUUUGCAGAAUACACUCUAUCCUCAGUAUGAUCCUGUUUACAGAUUAGAUCCACAUGGAGGAGGUGUAUUAAGUUCAAAAGCCAAACGGGCUAAAUGUUCUACUCAUAAGCAGAGAGUAAUAGUAAUGCUUUAUAACAAAGUUUGUGACAUUGUUAGCAGCCUGUCAGAAUUACUAGAGAUACAACUGCUUACGGAUACAACAAUUCUUCAGGUUUCAUCAAUGGGAAUAACACCAUUUUUUGUUGAAAAUGUCAGUGAACUACAGUUAUGUGCCAUUAAGUUAGUCACUGCAGUAUUCUCAAGAUAUGAAAAACAUAGGCAGUUAAUUUUGGAAGAAAUUUUUACUUCACUUGCAAGAUUACCAACUAGCAAAAGGAGUUUAAGGAAUUUCAGAUUGAAUAGUAGUGAUAUGGAUGGAGAACCUAUGUACAUUCAGAUGGUUACAGCAUUGGUUUUACAACUUAUUCAGUGUGUAGUACACUUACCAUCUUCAGAAAAGGACUCUAAUUCAGAAGAGGACUCAAAUAAGAAAGUUGACCAGGAUGUUGUCAUUACUAACUCCUAUGAAACAGCUAUGAGAACCGCCCAAAACUUUCUUUCCAUCUUCCUUAAAAAAUGUGGUAGUAAACAGGGUGAAGAAGAUUACAGACCACUCUUUGAAAAUUUUGUUCAAGACCUACUUUCUACAGUCAAUAAACCAGAAUGGCCAGCUGCUGAACUACUCCUUAGUUUGUUAGGGAGACUGUUGGUUCAUCAAUUCAGUAACAAGUCAACAGAAAUGGCUUUAAGAGUAGCAUCUCUAGAUUAUCUUGGAACUGUUGCUGCACGACUGAGGAAAGAUGCUGUUACGAGCAAGAUGGAUCAAGGCUCUAUUGAGAGAAUUUUAAAGCAGGUUUCGGGGGGAGAAGAUGAAAUCCAACAAUUGCAAAAAGCAUUGCUUGAUUAUUUGGAUGAAAAUACUGAAACUGAUCCUUCACUAGUGUUUUCUCGUAAAUUCUAUAUAGCCCAGUGGUUCCGUGACACAACUCUGGAAACGGAAAAAGCAAUGAAAUCACAAAAGGAUGAAGAAUCCUCUGAAGGAACACAUCAUGCAAAAGAAGUUGAAACAACUGGUCAAAUUAUGCAUCGAGCCGAAAAUCGGAAAAAGUUUCUUAGGAGCAUUAUCAAAACCACACCUUCUCAGUUCAGCACACUAAAGAUGAACUCUGAUACUGUGGACUAUGAUGAUGCUUGUUUGAUUGUUCGAUACUUGGCCUCUAUGAGGCCGUUUGCCCAGAGCUUUGAUAUUUAUUUAACACAGAUACUACGAGUUCUUGGUGAGAAUGCAAUUGCUGUUCGAACAAAAGCCAUGAAGUGUUUAUCUGAGGUUGUUGCUGUAGACCCCAGUAUUCUAGCAAGGCUUGAUAUGCAGCGAGGAGUUCAUGGACGAUUGAUGGAUAACUCCACCAGUGUUCGUGAAGCAGCUGUAGAAUUAUUAGGUCGAUUUGUUCUUUGUCGACCUCAGCUUGCUGAACAGUAUUAUGAUAUGCUGAUUGAAAGAAUAUUGGAUACUGGUAUCAGUGUCAGAAAAAGAGUAAUAAAGAUUCUAAGAGACAUCUGUAUUGAACAGCCAACAUUUCCAAAAAUUACAGAAAUGUGUGUAAAAAUGAUUCGCAGAGUCAAUGAUGAAGAGGGCAUUAAGAAAUUAGUAAAUGAAACAUUCCAAAAACUGUGGUUUACUCCAACGCCACACAAUGACAAAGAAGCAAUGACAAGGAAAAUUUUAAACAUCACUGAUGUGGUUGCAGCAUGCAGAGAUACUGGAUAUGACUGGUUUGAGCAGCUUCUUCAAAAUUUGUUGAAGUCUGAAGAGGAUUCCUCAUAUAAACCUGUGAAGAAAGCUUGUACUCAACUUGUAGAUAACCUAGUUGAGCACAUUCUUAAAUAUGAGGAAUCUCUAGCUGACUCUGACAAUAAAGGUGUGAAUUCUGGAAGAUUGGUAGCUUGUAUAACCACUUUGUUCUUAUUCAGCAAAAUAAGACCCCAGCUCAUGGUUAAACAUGCCAUGACUAUGCAACCGUACCUUACCACUAAAUGUAGUACACAAAAUGAUUUCAUGGUUAUCUGCAAUGUUGCAAAAAUCCUAGAACUAGUUGUACCACUCAUGGAGCAUCCAAGUGAAACUUUCCUUGCCACUAUUGAAGAAGAUCUUAUGAAGCUCAUCAUCAAAUAUGGCAUGACUGUAGUGCAGCAUUGUGUGAGCUGUCUUGGGGCUGUUGUAAAUAAAGUUACACAGAAUUUUAAAUUUGUGUGGGCCUGUUUCAAUAGAUACUAUGGUGCCAUUUCAAAAUUAAAAAGUCAACACCAAGAGGACCCAAAUAACACUUCACUUCUGACAAACAAACCAGCACUUCUUAGAUCCCUUUUCACUGUUGGAGCACUAUGUCGACAUUUUGAUUUUGAUCUGGAAGAUUUUAAAGGCAACAGUAAGGUUAACAUAAAGGAUAAAGUACUUGAACUGCUGAUGUAUUUUACAAAACAUUCAGAUGAAGAAGUACAAACAAAAGCCAUCAUUGGCUUGGGAUUUGCCUUUAUUCAGCAUCCAAGUCUAAUGUUUGAGCAAGAAGUAAAGAAUCUAUAUAAUAAUAUUUUAUCUGAUAAGAACUCUUCAGUCAAUUUAAAAAUACAAGUGUUAAAAAACCUUCAGACCUACCUACAAGAAGAGGAUACACGCAUGCAACAAGCAGAUAGAGACUGGAAGAAAGUUGCAAAACAGGAAGACUUAAAGGAAAUGGGUGAUGUUUCCUCAGGGAUGAGUAGUUCUAUCAUGCAGCUUUACCUCAAACAGGUGCUUGAAGCGUUUUUUCACACCCAGUCAAGUGUGCGCCACUUUGCUCUAAAUGUCAUUGCUUUGACUCUAAACCAGGGUCUCAUUCAUCCAGUUCAGUGUGUCCCAUACUUAAUUGCUAUGGGCACAGACCCAGAACCUGCUAUGCGGAACAAGGCUGAUCAACAGCUUGUGGAAAUAGACAAAAAAUAUGCUGGAUUUAUUCAUAUGAAAGCAGUGGCUGGUAUGAAGAUGUCUUACCAGGUACAACAGGCAAUCAACACCUGCCUAAGAGAUCCUGUAAGGGGUUUCAGACAAGAUGAGUCCUCUAGUGCUUUGUGUUCACAUCUUUACUCCAUGAUUCGUGGGAACCGCCAACACAGACGAGCCUUUCUUAUUUCUUUACUCAACCUCUUUGAUGACACAGCAAAAACAGAAGUGACUAUGCUCUUGUAUAUAGCAGACAAUCUAGCCUGUUUUCCAUACCAGACACAGGAAGAGCCGUUGUUUAUAAUGCAUCAUAUAGACAUUACACUCUCGGUUUCUGGUAGUAACCUACUGCAGUCAUUCAAGGAGUCUAUGGUGAAGGACAAAAGGAAAGAAAGAAAAUCAUCACCUAGUAAGGAAAAUGAGUCAAGUGAGAGUGAAGAAGAAGUUACUAGGCCUCGGAAGUCACGGAAACGUGUAGAUUCAGAUUCAGAUUCAGAUUCAGAAGAUGAUAUAAAUUCAGUGAUGAAAUGUCUGCCAGAAAAUUCAGCUCCUUUAAUUGAAUUUGCAAAUGUCUCCCAGGGUAUUUUAUUGCUUCUUAUGUUAAAACAACAUUUGAAGAAUCUCUGUGGAUUUUCUGAUAGUAAAAUUCAGAAAUACUCUCCAUCUGAAUCUGCAAAAGUAUAUGAUAAAGCAAUUAACCGAAAAACAGGAGUUCAUUUUCAUCCCAAACAAACACUGGACUUCCUGCGGAGUGACAUGGCUAAUUCCAAAAUCACUGAAGAUGUGAAGAGGAGUAUAGUCAAACAGUACUUGGAUUUCAAACUUCUGAUGGAACAUCUAGACCCUGAUGAAGAAGAAGAAGAAGGGGAGGUGUCAGCUAGCACAAACGCUCGGAACAAAGCAAUUACCUCGCUGCUUGGAGGCGGCAGCCCUAAAAAUAACACAGCAGCAGAGACAGAAGACGAUGAGAGUGAUGGGGAGGAUAGAGGAGGAGGCACUUCAGGGUCAUUGAGAAGGUCAAAACGAAAUUCAGACUCUACGGAGUUGGCAGCACAGAUGAAUGAAAGUGUUGACGUCAUGGAUGUCAUCGCUAUUUGCUGUCCAAAGUACAAAGAUCGACCGCAAAUUGCAAGAGUAGUACAGAAAACCAGCAGUGGCUUCAGUGUUCAGUGGAUGGCAGGCUCCUACAGUGGCUCCUGGACUGAGGCUAAGCGCCGCGAUGGCCGCAAACUGGUGCCUUGGGUAGACACUAUUAAAGAGUCAGACAUUAUUUACAAAAAAAUUGCUCUAACGAGUGCUAAUAAGCUGACUAAUAAAGUUGUUCAGACUUUACGAUCCCUGUAUGCCGCCAAGGAUGGGACUUCCAGCUAAUGAAUUUGUACAUGCAGCCAAAUUUACAGGAAUUUUUUUAAAGGCAGAAAAACUUGAAAUAUCAACAUUCUGGCAAAAAAAAAAAAAAGAAAAUCAGUUUUUUUGAAGAGUAAGAGUGGAACCUGGGAUGCAGGAACAAAGAAGGAAAUGUUGGGCAAACAUUUUUGUGGGAGCUCCCUUCGCUGUUGUGCAGCAGAAACAGAUUCUCAGUUCAUUUUUACUCCCACUGUAUUAUAGUUUAACAAAAAUUGUUUAUAUCUUGGAAAAAAAACUUUCUGUUUAAAAAAAUAAACAAGUGAAUGUUGGAAACUAGUCUGUUAAUGUUCUUAAUAAAGUGUUCUUGGAGUUUAACCUAGCAGCGGAUGGCUUUCUUUAGCUUAGCCCAGUUUCCAGGGAAGCAUUGUUUAUUCCAGGCUGUAAAAUGGCAGAAUCUCCUGGAUAUAUAAUUUAUUCUGUUGAAAAAAAAAAAAAAAAGCAUGCAGUAUCUAUGACCUAUCUGCAGAAGGAGUUUUUGUAAAUGUAGAUUUUGUUGUAUUAGGUCACCCUGAAAACAAUACAAGAAAAGGGAUCCCCAGGCAAUCUGGUGGAGCAAAUACUGCAAUAAAUUUUUUUACUUCUCUUUGUUACUUGUCUGUUUCCAUUUGAAUUUCUUAUUGUAAAGAUCUGUUUAAAUCCAUUUAUAUUAUUUUGCAGUCUUUUAUGUAAAAUUUAUUAUAUCACUGGUUUUCAAAGCAAAACAUAAAAUAUUGUUUAUACAGUUUGUAUAGGCUGACUUCUGAAUAAUUGGUAUCUUAUUUUCAUUCCCGUAGAGGGUGUAAACAAUUAACUCCAGGGUUUUAUUGUAUCCUGCAAUAUUUAGUAUUAACUAUAUAUGAUUUAGCACUGUGCCAAACACAUUUUCAAGAGUACAUUUUGAUAUAAAAAGAAACUAUAGUUUAUUCCUUGUAUGCUUCAAUUUCUUUCUAGUGAUGUCAUGUUGGUAAUAUUUAUUUUUUAAACUUUGGGGAAAGGUAACAGUUCUAUUUUGGAAAAACAUUUUCUUAAAAGUGAUGGCAUGUUAUUUUAGAAAUAGAAUUGAGUAUGACACUUCAUAAUACACAUACUGCAUUUUCACAGAUUAUUUUUUAAUGCAGAAAGAGUAGUUUGACUAGUUGGGAUAUUCAUUUUCUAAAAUUUUUAUCAUCUUUUGGAAGUAUUUCUCAUUUAUACAUUACUUACUAUGAAUACCUCAACUAAAUUUGAGAGUAUGGCACUUAAUCUUAGAUUUGUAUAGUUGACACUCAGAAAAAUAUUAAUGUGUAAAAUUUACAGUCAAUGAGGGCUGUUGCAAGUUUAAUCAUAUUCUUAAAUGUGUACUUAUUUUUAAAACCCUUUGGAAAAAUUGACCUCUAAUAUGCUAACCUUUAUCAGUCUAGCAAGUACAUAGAAGGUAUUCAAUUUGUGAGUUGCCACAAAAUACCUUUCUGUGAACACCUGUUAAAACACUUGAGUAUAAGUUUCCAGGACCAGUAUGCUAUGUGGAAUUCUUUCAUAAUGCUUUCUUACAGGAAAUGUUUUCUCCCUUUAUUUGCAUGUUCCCUUUUCUCUUGCUGUGAACUCUGGACAAAACUAGGUUGGGUUUUUUGCCCCUGGAAGUUUAUAUCAACAGUGGAUUUCAGGUAGAUGAUGAAAAAAUAUCAGAUAAAAUACCAAGUCUAGCCCAGAGGGUACUGCAGAAUAAAACUGAGUAAAAGCCA